CGCUAUUAUCUGUCAGUCAUGUCAAUUCAUCAUCAAAACAUUUGAGGUUAUAUUUUCAAUAUUUUGUUGCGUUUCACGACCGACUUGUAUUAUAUUGUAUUACGUAUUUACAUAGUAAAUAAUACCUAAGAUAGCAAAAUAAUCUACUAAAGUAGUAGUUGUUAUAAUUAUACACACAAGUUAUUUAAUAAACAUCUGGUUACAGAAAUCGAUUUUGAAUAUCAAUUACUAUAGUUUUUAGACUUAAUUUUAUUGUGCAAUAAAUUUCGUUUAGGUAUCACUUUACUUUAUCAAACAAUGCCUGUGCCGUGCAGGAGGGGCUGCGGCAGAAAUGCAGUCUUAAAGAGACCAAAAACAGGUGAUGCUCUAUGCAAAGAAUGCUUUUUCUGGGCUUUCGAGACAGAAAUACACUACACAAUCACUAAAGCAGAGUUAUUUAAUAAAGGAGAUUCUGUUGCAAUUGGUGCUUCUGGUGGGAAAGACUCAACAGUACUUGCAUAUGUGCUCAAGACACUAAAUCAAAGGUAUAAUUAUGGCUUGAACCUCAUGCUGCUUUCAAUAGACGAGGGUAUCACAGGAUACAGAGAUGACAGCCUUGAGACUGUAAAACAAAACAGAGAUGACUAUGAAAUGCCUUUAAAAAUAUUAUCAUAUAAAGAUUUGUAUGGCUGGACUAUGGACGAAAUAGUAGCUCAAAUUGGUAGGAAGAACAACUGUACCUUUUGUGGAGUAUUCAGAAGACAGGCAUUGGACAGAGGAGCAGCUAUGCUUGGUGUAAAGUGCAUAGCAACAGGACACAAUGCUGAUGAUAUAGCUGAGACUGUGCUAAUGAAUGUACUAAGAGGGGACAUAGCAAGGUUGAAGCGAUGCACAGCUAUUACCACUGGCAGUGAAGGCACAAUACCAAGGGUAAAACCACUUAAAUACACAUAUGAGAAGGAGAUAGUAAUGUAUGCCCAUUAUAAAAAGUUGGUCUACUUCUCCACUGAGUGUGUGUUUGCUCCCAAUGCAUACAGGGGGCAUGCACGGGCUCUGCUCAAGGAUAUGGAGAAGAUUAGACCUGCUUGUAUCAUGGAUAUAAUUUAUUCAGGUGAAACCAUGUCAGUAAAAGAAGAAGUCUCCCUGCCCACCCAGAGGACAUGUACCCGCUGCCACUUUGUGUCAUCACAGGAGGUGUGCAAAGCAUGUGUGCUCCUUGAAGGUCUUAACAAGGGACUACCUAAACUUGGCAUAGGAAAGAGUUCCAAGGCAAAGAGGAUGCUUGAGGAGUAUAAUGCAAAGCAGGCAGAGAAUGAAGGAACACUAAAGGAUGCCAUUAAAGAUUUAAAUGACACAAGCAGUAUAGUAGCAAGAAAUGAAAGAAUCAGUGGAAAAAAGAAAAGUGCAAAUAAAGAGAAUAAUGAUACAUGUAAUAAGAAUGAUUGUUGUGGAGGGAGCUGUAAAAGCAAUCCAAGCAAUGUUGAUCCAGUUACUAGUAACAAGAAACUUGAUAUGCUAUUGGAACAGUUUGGUCUGGAUGAUAAAGAAAGUGUGAAGCAAAAGUUAAAUGGAGAAAAUGGAGUAUGUGACACAAAUGAAGAUUCCAGUGAAGUCACUCCAUUCAAUGAACAGGAGGAAGAUGACACAUGUUCUGCAAGUUGUGGAGGAUCACAUAUAGGUUUCUGACAUCAAUAAAAUCAUG